AUGUCCGGUCUCAGCAGGGAAAACUCCUUCUCCCAACCGACGUCCCCUCUUUCGCGGCGACCGAACCUCGAGCGACAUGUAUCCCUUGGAGCCGAUGAGCGGACAGCUCUGCUCGGUCGAUCGAGGUCCAGGAUACGCCUCCGCAGUGAGACAUCUUCGCCUAAACGCGGGAGCGAUAUUGCGAGGCACGGAGCAUACACAGGUGGCCCUCGUGCCCGUCACCAUAGCCGACAUCCAUCCUGGGGCUCUAGGAUCAUCCAUGCUCUAUCCGACCGACAGCAAUCUAUCUCGGGCCCGUCCAAGGAAUCUUCCUCAUUCGCGGACGACCGUGUGUGGUACGAUCAGUUCACCAGCACAGAUUGGGUUCACGAUACCAUUGCGGACUCGUACCGCGUAAAGGCGCUGCGGAGUCGCAAGGACUUCUGGGGGCGCAUCUUGGUCAUGCUGGAUGGCGUACAGGGGUGGAUACUCAGUGCCUUGUCUGGCUUCAUCAUCGCGCUUGUUGCAUAUACGGUGAGCGUCGCCGAGACUGUCGUGUUUGACUGGAAGGAUGGCUACUGUGCUACGGCAUGGUAUCGCAAUGAGCAGGAUUGCUGCCCGGACGGACCCUGCGAGGACUGGAGAGACUGGACAGAGGUAAUCAAGUCUCACCCUUUCGGUAAGGUUGGCACUGAGUACGUCAUCUACCUACCCAUGGUGGUAGGCCUUGCCUGUGCAUCAUGCUGGAUGGCCUUGUUCACCAAGACGGUCGUGCCAUCCGCCUACCGCAUGUCUACCUUUGAUGAGAACCUAGGCGCAAGCGGGGUGCCCAUCUUGGCGGAAGACAUUCAGACCGACGAUGACGAGAACCCUCGACAGCCACCUGUCGAGCCGGAGCCGCCCGCGCCGAUGGUCUACUAUCCCGCUGCAGGCAGUGGCGUUGCCGAAGUUCGCGUCAUUCUCAGCGGCUUCGUCCUCCACGGCUUCCUGGGCCUGAAAACCCUCUUGAUCAAGAUGUCUGCCCUGAUUCUCAGCGUGGCGUCUGGGUUGAGCAUAGGCAAGGAAGGCCCCUAUGUGCACAUUGCGACGUGUGUGGGCAACAUCCUCUGCCGUCUUUUCUCCAAGUACGAUCGCAACGACGCCAAAAGGCGCGAGGUCCUCUCUGCGGCGGCCGCCGCUGGUGUUACUGUCGCCUUUGGCGCUCCGUUGGGUGGUGUUCUCUUCAGUCUGGAGGAAGUCUCAUACUUCUUCCCCGCCAAGACCUUGUUCAGGACAUUCUUCUGCUGCAUAGUGGCGGCUUUGUCCCUCAAGUUCCUGAAUCCUUAUGGCACGCACAAGAUUGUCAUGUUUGAGGUUCGGUACUAUGUGGACUGGGAGUACUUUGAACUCGUCAGCUUCAUUUUCACUGGUGUUAUUGGCGGUGCAGUCGGCGCCCUCUUCAUCAAGGCGUCCAAGCUCUGGGCCGAGAGCUUUCGGCGCAUUCGCGUCAUCAAAAAGUGGCCACUCCUCGAAGUGUUCAUCGUUUCGCUUGCGACUGCGCUGCUGAGCUACUGGAAUGUGCUCACCAAGCUGCCCGUCGCCAAGCUUCUCCUGAAUCUCGCCUCGCCGUGCGACGAUCCCAACAUCAGCAAGGAAGAGCUUGGACUUUGUCCCAGCUCUGUGGACGAUAUCCCUGAUAUCCUCAUCACAUUGCUCGUAGCGUUCCUGAUCAAAGGCUUCUUGACAACGAUCACAUUCGGCAUCAAAGUCCCUAGUGGUAUCUAUGUGCCGUCCAUGGUCACAGGUGGACUGCUGGGCCGCAUGAUUGGCCAUCUUGUGCAAUGGGCUGUGCUCAAGACCCCGGAUUGGUCAGUCUGGGGCACUUGUUCAACAACACAUGACGGAACAUGCAUCCAGCCAGGUGUAUACGGUCUCAUUGCUGCCGGUGCGACCAUGUGUGGUGUCACCAGGCUCUCCGUGACCCUUGCCGUAAUCUUGUUUGAGAUCACCGGCAGUCUCGACUAUGUGCUGCCCUUUUCGCUCAGCAUUCUCGUGGCAAAGUGGACGGCUGACGCAAUUGAGCCCAACAGCAUCUAUGAUCUUCUCACUGCAAUGAAUUCGUACCCCUUCCUCGACAACAAGCACAAGCCUGUUUUCACGGGUGAGCUAUCUGAUAUCCUGCCACGGGUGCGCCGGGAGCGAAUCAUUGAUAUUUCCAACUCACCCGUCAUUCGAGCGUCAAAGCUGCGCAGUAAACUGGAGCUGCUGCAUCGCGCUGGUGAACUGGAUGGCGGUCUGCCACUGCUGCGCAAUGGCGUUCUCGUUGGUCUGAUCCCAGCCCCUGAUUUGCAGUUUGCUCUGGAUCAGCUGGAUGACGAGGAGAGCACGCUUUGCGUAAUGGACCGCAUCCCUCACGCCAACCAAGAAGAGGAGAUCCUGGACGACCCGAGCGACUUUACCAAAUACAUUGACCCGGCGCCCGUGUCACUCGAUAUCAAGUCGCCAAUGGAUCUGGUGUACGAAUGCUUUUCGAAGCUCGGAUUGAGAUAUAUCUGUGUACUGAGAGAUGGCAAGUAUGCAGGCAUGACUCACAAGAAAACUUUUGUCAAAUACAUGCGUGAGCAGCACGAGGAGGAGUACUCCAUAUGA